CUGAGACAGUCUUAGGUAAGGGUGCGUGCUCGCAGCAGCAGCAAAAUCCGUCCAUCCCAUUCGAUCCAUCAUGGACCGCCAGAGCCCGCCGUUGAACGGCAAUUCCCAGCGUCGCAAACUCAUCAAGCGGCCCCCCUCGCACCAGCCCUACCCGCGCUCCUCGUCUGGCUACGACACAGAGUCGCUCGACGGCAAAAGCUCCAGCUCGCGCAAUCUUCGACGGGCCCCCAGCGCUCCGCCAGUGCGCUCCAACGCGUCCAACGGCUCGUCUUCCCCGCGACCGCACCCCUCGAGCUUCCAGCAGCGAACGAAUGCAUCGCCGGGCCUGGGCCAGGGCGAGUUCUCCCGCACCAACCGAUACCGCCUGUCCGACCCCAACCAGAGCGACCGCCGCGGCAACGAGGACCUGAUCGGAGCGCCCUUUGACGGCAACAGCAUCCUCAACCACAUCGAGGCCACCAAGUUCACCAGCUCGCCGCCGCCGUCGCUCGUCAAGGCCGCGACCGACCCCCGCUUCGCCAGACCGUCGCCGAGGACCUCUGCAAGUUACGGCGGCGCCAUGGAUCCCACGGCGCUGGAAAAGUCCCAGGCCGGCCGCAUGGCAGACGCCGGACUCAUGAGCCCCAAGCGCUUCUCCGACGAGGGCAAGGACUCCAAGCCCACGACGUCGCGCAAGAAGUCUGGCUUCUCCGGCUUCGUUAACAGCCUGGUCGGCUCGCAGAGGAAGCCCGUGAUCUCAGCGCCCGAGAACCCUGUGCAUGUCACGCAUGUGGGCUACGACAGCACAACCGGCCAGUUUACCGGAUUGCCCAAAGAAUGGCAGCGACUCAUCAACGAAAGUGGCAUCUCCGAGAAGGAGAGGAGAGAGAACCCUCAGACCAUGAUUGAUGUCCUGACCUUCUACAAAGAGACCACCGAACGACCAGCUGAGGAUCAAUCCCUCGAGAAAUUUCAUAAUGCUGCGGCAGAUUCUCGCCAAUAUGCCGUCUCCCCGACAUCACCCAACACAUAUCCCGGCAACUACUUUGGAAGCUUUGAGAAUCCCCGAGCACCACCUCCAGUCCCUGCCGGCAGCAGAGGUCAUCCCUCCGGCCCGGUCAAGGAGAUCAUGCCGAGUCGACCAGCGCCGAAACCUCCGAUCAGCAUGAAUAACCGGCCACUGCCGCCCGGCGCAUAUGCCACAAAAGAUUCCGGCAUCGGUAUGAGCCAGUCGUCGGACGACAGCCGCUCAAAAGAUGGCACCCCGACGAUGCUUCCAGAAGAGCAUAGAUCACGGUCUAAUUCUCGCACCAACGGCCUAUCACCUUAUACUCCCCAGACUCCUUCCCCCAGCACCGCCACCCAAGCCAAUGUCUACCAGCAGCAGUUGAUGCAGCAGCAACAGGAGCAGGCCAUGGCACAAGCCCAGGCUGCCAUGACUGGACAGGUUGCCCGAGCUCCCAGCAAAAGACAACAAUCUCCGCAUAUGGCGGCCGGUGCGGGAUACGCUCGCGCCCCCGAAGCCAACGGCCAUCAUGCUGCGCAGCGCCAGCAGCCUAGUCCCGGCGCACCAGCGGCUGCUGCAGGCGCCCGCCCGCGACAGCGAGUCCGCCAGAGCAACGGUAUGGACGUCGUGGCAUCACUCAAGCGGAUAUGCAGCGAGGGUGACCCACGCAACAUCUACAGAAGCUUCACCAAGAUUGGUCAGGGUGCUUCUGGAGGCGUGUACACAGGCCAUGAGAGAGGAACCAAUAGAUUGGUGGCUAUCAAGCAGAUGAACCUGGAGCAGCAGCCGAAGAAGGAUCUCAUCAUCAACGAAAUCUUGGUGAUGAAGGACAGCUCUCACCCGAACAUUGUCAACUUCAUCGACAGCUACCUCUGCGACGGCGAGCUUUGGGUGGUCAUGGAGUACAUGGAGGGUGGCAGUCUUACCGACGUUGUGACUUUCAACAUCAUGACAGAGGGACAGAUUGCUUCCGUCUGCAGAGAGACAUUACGGGGACUUCAGCAUUUGCAUUCCAAGGGCGUUAUUCACCGUGAUAUCAAGUCUGACAACAUUCUUCUGUCCAGCGAUGGCAAUAUCAAGCUCACCGAUUUCGGUUUCUGUGCGACCAUCAACGAGGCCCAGAACAAGCGUACCACUAUGGUUGGCACGCCUUACUGGAUGGCCCCAGAGGUCGUCACGCGAAAGGAGUACGGCCGCAAAGUCGACAUCUGGUCUCUGGGCAUCAUGGCCAUCGAGAUGAUCGAGGGCGAGCCGCCGUACCUGACCGAGUCACCCCUCCGCGCGCUGUGGCUGAUUGCUACCAACGGUACGCCGCAGAUCAAGAACGAGGGCGAUUUGUCCCCGGUAUUUAGAGAUUUCUUGUAUUUUGCAUUAAAGGUGGAUCCUGAGAAGCGAGCCAGUGCACAUGAUUUAUUAAGACACGAAUUCAUGAAAUCAUGUGUCGAUCUAUCACAACUGUCACCAUUAGUAAGAGCAGCACGAGAGCAACGAGCCCAGGAGAAAGCUCGAAAAGGUUAAGCAUUGUUUUAUUAUUCCACCUCAUAAACCCUUCUUUCUUCCCUCUUUGUUUAGAGGAAAACCAACAACAGCUAGAGGUGCCAAAUCCCUCUCCCGCCUUUUUUUUAAUCGUCAU